AUGUUCUAUAUUUAUCAACAAACCCAAUUUCACGUGCCGUUGAUAGAGCUGUAUGUUGAGUUUGAACAGCAUACGGGGUUAGACACAGUUGGCAAGGAGGUCAAUGUUGAUGAGCUCGGGGAUAUAGAUUGGGAAAAAGAUAAUAACGACAGUGAAGGCAAUGUUGCAGCGAAAGAUGGUGAGUUUAGUAUCAUAAUAGAAUUUGGUUCUAGAGAGUCUGUGAUAUCUACAAUCAAAAGCUACACUAUCUCUAGAGAAGUUGUGAUACGUGCUUCAAAUGUUCGAGAUAUGAAGAGUUCAAUUGAUUACACUGUGUAUGAGUCUGAGCCACAAAUAUUCUAUGCAAAAUGCAAGGAAUAUGGUGCAUGGUACGAUUGGCUUAUCCGGGCUAGCUUGAUUCGAAAGAAAGAUUGUUGGGAGAUCAGGAGAUACAAUGGUAAACACAUGUGCACCACGGGGACGAUUUCACAAAAUCAUGCCAAGUUGGACUCAGACACAAUUACAGAUGCUAUUAAGCCGUUGGUUGAAGCAAACUCGUUGAUAAAGGUGAAGUCUAUUAUUGCAAAAGUUCAAUCCAAGUUCAACAACACUACUCUACCAGUAUGGUUGAAAGCAAUGACUGCAAAGAUGCCAAAGUCUCGUGUUCAAAUAAAAUACUCUCCGUUUAUCGUUGAUGGCACACACCUAUAUAAAAAAUAUAAAGAUUCAUUUUUAGUUGCGGUGGCACAAGAUGGGAACCAAAACAUUGUGCCUAUUGCAUUUGCGAUAGUUGAGGGUGAGACGACAGACGCGUGGGAGUUUUUCCUAACUAAUCUGCGAAGAUAUGUUGUUACCAUUGAUGGCGUCGGCAUUAUUUCUGACCGCCAUAACUCCAUCGACACAACAAUAGGUCGCAGUAUGAUGAGCUGA